GAAAAAAUUAAAAAUUCAUGGAAGUACAAGUAAAAGGAAAUACACUAAAAUAUUAACAGUGGGUAGUGGGAAUUUGGAUGAUUUUACUUUUUGCUUGUAAACGCUUUAUAUACUUUUUGGUACAAAUAAAGAAAUAAAAGAGGGAAAAUAUAGAAAGCUUAGCAUAACAAAUAGAACCAUAGCUAGACAAGGAUACUGGCAUACUUGAAAGGACAAUAUGUGGACAGAAUAGAAGUGUCUGAUGGAGCCUAUAGGGAGGACCUCCAAGGGCAAGUUUGUCAAAGUGUGCUCAACACUGUCAGGGAAGAGCGAGGGAGGAGCAUCAGACCUAGACGGCACUCGAUAUUAAAAUCAUCCAUUUAUCUUCUCCCAAACUUACCUAAGUGCUCACCAAGCAAAAUUAUGGUUUUAACUGGCUUUCUUAUAUGUUCUGAUGAUAGAAUACUACUCGUUACACCAACAUGCUCCUUCUGUCAGUCCAGUUUGUACAUCAGUGUCCUGUGAGUUGAUGGGUGGUAGUUAGCGCUGGAGCAAUCAGUCAAUUCCUGCUGCCCUGAUGAAAUCAAAUAUCUGGACCUGCAAAGCUGAGGACUGGCUGCUGAGCUGUGGAGAAGACAGCAUGGGAGGAAGUCACUCUAAACCUGACAAACCCCACACCACGGCUGCCCCAACCACGACCUCCGUGCAGUGCUCCUCUGCCCACUCCAACAAAGAACUUCAUUUGGUCUUAGCCUUUUUUGCUGGGGUUCUACUGACACUGCUGCUGAUGGCCCUUGUCUUCCUCAUCAUAAAGAGCUACAGAAAAUGUCACUCCAGUCCCCAGGCUCUGGAUCCUCACUCAGACCCUGCAGCCAAGCUUUCAUCUGUCCCAGAGGAGGCACUCACGUAUGCCAGCAUGAAUUUUAAAAGCUCGGAAGGAAAGAGAGAUCACUUGACUACAAAUCAUUUUUCAGACUCAGACCCCGUUGUCUAUGCUCAAAUUAAAGCAACAAACUCCUCCUGCUGUUCCAGUGAGGCUUGAAUCCAGUUCCUCUCAUCUCAGCUCCAUCUUCAUACAUCACUUUCCCUUUUUACAAAUUUUGGGCCACAACCUGGGUGAAACUGCAGAUGGAGUUGUUUGGGUGUGAUCUUGCAAUGUUAGCCAGCAGUUUUGAAGACAGAGGGUCAGUCUUUUUCCUGCCCUGGGAAAAGAUUGCUGGCCCUCCCACGUGUAAUGACAGCCUCCUAGCCCCAUGAGGGCUGAGACUGCCCCCCUUGUCCCCUUCCAAAGUGUGUGGUACAGAGCUCAGUGCACAAAGAGUGUUCAUUCAGUGUCAUUGUUCAGCUUGAGAGGAGUCAACCAAAUGAACAAUCUAGCAAGAAUUACAAAUAAA